AUGUCUGAUCCCAAAGAUGGAAACACGCAAAAACGCGUUCCCAAUUGGAAGAAAUUUUUGGUGUUGAAUAAUACAUCUGUGGAGGCAUCAGAAAUUAAUUUAAAAAAAGGGCAUAAAAGAAAAUUCGUGGAUAAUGUAGUAAAGGAGGCAUCUCAAAAGCGAAGAGCCCUUCAUAAACAAACCAAAGGUAUUAAAAUUUCUAGCGAGGAUAAGGAAGAACGAGAAAAGAUCUCAAGAACAGAAGAGAUGAAGCAUGCAAAGAAUACUUUGGGAAAUUUGGAAUUCUUAAUAACGCAAUCAGAAGUUAACAUUCCUAAGGAAUUACCAACGGCAGCAAAAAUAGCGUUACUUUAUCUUGUCGAGUGGAAGUUUUGUAGGUCAAAUUGGAAGUUCCAAAAACUACGUCAAAUCUGGCUUUUAAAACAUGUAUACGAUAGAGACAUGUUCCCCGACGAUUUUUUCAAGAUAUUUUUGGAUUAUAUAGCAGAUUUAGCGGGUCACGCACGUGAGUCUACGUCAAAGGAAGCUCAGGCUAUCGUCAAUGAGCCAGAACCAGAACAGAUCAAUGGAAACAACGAUGAUGACGAUGAAACGUCAAUAUCAAAAACAAAAUUUGAUAGAGCCUUGGAAAUAUUGAGAGUACUCUCUUAA